AUGAGCUCCGGCGGUGACAGUGUCUUCCCCAAGCCCGCGCCUCCCAACUCUGGCGUACGGGCCGCCCUCCAGUACACCGGCAUCCCCGUCUCCUGGCUCGACAAGCGUCCCUCUCUCCCUUCGCGCAACUGGCUCAUCUUCCUCGGCGUAACUGGCACGGUCGCCGGCUACUACAUCUAUGACCGCCAGCAGUGCAAGAGGAUCCGCCAGGAGUACAAGGACCAGGUGAAGGACCUUGCAGACGUCCCAUUAGGCACCAAGGACCUCCCGCGGAAAGUCACUGUGUACGGUGCCAAAUGGUUGGGCGACGAGGACCAUGACCGCAGCAUGAAGUACUUCCGCAAGUACGUCAAGCCCAUCCUAGUCGCUGCUGCGAUAGACUACGACAUGGUCACAGGCCGACGUCUCGGGGACGUAGCUCGUCGUGUAGCGGAUGACAUCCGUGAAGAGCGACGUAAAUUCGCGGGCUUAGACCCUCCCCCCAUGAACCUCCUCAACCUACCAAACUCGUCUCCAGCAGAGAAACACCAGCGUCGGCUUGAAGGCGGGAUCGUGAUCGUCGGUCGGCACACGCUCAAGGAGUACAUGCAUGGGUUGAAGCGCGGAUGGACGGAUGGAUUGCAGAAGGUAGAUAGAGAAGAGCAGCUGGCACAGGCACUGGAGAAUGACGGCAAGUUUGACGAACCUGAGCCCGAACCCUCCGAGCUUGCGCUGGACGACGACGAGCCUCUUCCGACGCCUUCGAAGUUGCCUCCUUCAAGACCAUUCUCCGUCCUCUCCGCUCCCAACCUUCGCAUGCCCCCUCCCCCUCCAAAAACCGCAGAGGAUAUCGCCCCCGCGGUCAAUGCCCCUCCCUCAACUAUCCCUCCGCAGCCUCCCAUGCUCCUCGUCACUUUCACGAACUACAUCGGACUGACUCAGAUCCCCCUCAUGAUCUGGGAUUUCUUCAACGAGCGGCAGAAGGUCCGCGCUGGCGCGGAGGCAGCCAUGAAGCUCGUCCGGGGAGCCACUCGACCCUUCACGGCACCUCCUUCCUUUCCCGCAGCAGACUCCUUGGUGUCGGACUUCAAUGUCGACCAUGAUGGGCCUCAAAAGCCUUUCCUUCAGGAGCUCUCCCCUAGCGAUCUCGACUUCGAUCGCGAAGGCGAAUCGUGGUACAAAGCGUCGACAGUCCGCAACUAUUCCUCCGAGAUCGAGAAGGCCCGAGAUGAGUACUACAAGUCCCUCGCCAAGAAGCUUGAGGUCGCGCGCGCACUGGCGCGCGGGACUAGGGAACCUACGAAGGAGGAAAGCGAGAACCCUCCGCCCACCGAGGUUGAGUUGCGCGCAGAGCGGAUGAAGAAGGAGCUGAGGUGGACGAGCGACGAGGAGGGAUGGGACAUUGUCCGGCCAGACAAAAACGUUGAUUGGGACGAGCGGCUCAGGAACAUUCUCAGGGUAUACACUGAACCUCCUCCUCGGCCUUCGACCUCUUUCGACGCUCAGUCUUCAUGA